AUGCAAACAUUGCAUCACAUUGCAAUGUACAAAAAAAGAAACUGCAAAAUAAUAAACAUUAGCAUAGAAAUAGCAAAAAAUACAGUUUUGUUGCCAAAAACUGACAUGUUCUUGGAAGCAAAUGCAGCGGACCUGGAAGAGACGUCAUAUUUCGUAUUGGAAAUUUAUUCUGAAGCACCGUUUGCCCUAGCAUGUCAAUACCAGCCGCAAAUGGAAAAAGUGAGUGUGGGUGUCAACACAACGAAGCGACUUCAAACAAUUUGUCCUCUUUUUCAAACUAUCAUUUUGUUGUGUAUCUACACUUUGGCAGAGAACUCACAAACUUGUUUUGUAUUGGGCCAUGGUACUUCAAUAGACCACAUUUACCCAGUUUAUAAUACUUUUAUUUCGGCAUGUUUUUUCCGCAUUUGCAUUAUUGAUGUAACAGUAAAUAUCACUGUUUCAUAUGACUACCUCUUAAAUAAACAUGGCAAAGUGUCUAAAAUCAAGAAUAGAAAGGAGAAGUGUAACAUUGACAGAGAAUCCUGGGGUUACACCUGGCGUGUGAAUAAAAAUGAUGCUUGUAAUCAGUCAGAAUUUCGCACGUUUAGCGAGGAAUUGCUCUUCUAUAAUCCGAGUGGUCCCACUACCGCAAGAUAUUUAGCCACAUUUGCAGGAUCCGAUCUGAGAAUAUUUGUUGUAAGCGUUUCCAGAAUUGGUAAUGUCGAAUAUGCCAAUUUUGUCUGGUAUGAAAGAGUUGCAUGUUUAAUCACUACAAUUGAUCGGAAGCAAGAUUGUGAGGAAAGUAGCUAUAAUUGCUUAUGUGUGCGUCCAUCGUCCUUCCUGCUUGCUAGAGCACAAGGUAUUUUUUUAGCAAGGGUGCCUAUGAAAUUAAACCUUACAAUUGUGAUCUUUGCUGUUAUAAUUUUAAUAAAAACCAUCUGGUCCAAAUUGGGCGACAUAAAUUUGCUUGAAGGAAGUUCCAGUUGGACUGCUUCAAUGUCAGGUACUGCUCUCCUCCAAAUGAUUCAUAUGCAAGGAUUGUUACAUUAA